GGUUCUUGCAUAAUUGGUAUGUGGCCAUUUUCCUCAGUCCUGGAUUAUUUCUUUAUGUACAGACCUCUGCUCUGACUUUUUUGCCUUGUGUUGAUUGGUUGAGGUUGGGGUUGGGGAUGGAACCCGGUUUGGGUUGGGGUUAGGUCUGAAUUUGGUUUCGAGUUGACUGGCUUAGUGUCGGUUUAUUGGUUUGAGUCCAAGUUAGGGCCUGGUUGGUAUGAAAUGUGCAACCUGAAUGAAAGCGCCUUUCCUUGCAUUGUCGAACUUCUUUCCUAGCUCAGGAACUCUGGGACAUAAAUGACAGUUAAAAGGCCACGGAAAAUGUCACUCCGAGUGCUUGUAAAGCCCCCAGCGCUUUAGUGGCUGUCUGGCCCAGUCCGCCCACCAUUGUGGUCAUUGCUCGCACGCUUCGCUGUGGAUUUAUUUGUGCUUGUUUUGAGAGAGGCAAAACAAAGACAAAUAAGACAAAUUUUUGUCUUUGUUUUGACUCGGGGCUAAAAGCGAGCCUGCUCAGGAAGAAAUCCCGGCGCCUCCUGAGGCCUGGCUGGAUCUCAACCUGGAACGCGCGCACGCAUAUUAAGACUCCUUUUGCUGUCUCGGUUUAUUUCUCGUGAUAAAAAUUCACCACGUUCUCUCCGGGCUCCAGUCCAGUCCAGUCCAGUUAUAGAUGUUUUAUAUAUAUUUAUAGACCACCCCGAAACAUGCUUGUUUGGCUAAUGUUUGUCAAAGACAGUGCAUGACAUGCCGCUUGGAAGGAAAGACUCUGUGAUGAUCUCCAUUGCAGGGAUCCCUUUCAACGAAGUCUCUCAAUAAUAAUCGACAUUCUGUGCACUGAUUAGGAGGGGAUCAUCUGCUGACUCUUUGAUUAGACACAACAAGCGUGUGUGUGCACACUUCGCUAGAUAGAGCUUUUCUUCUUAAUCCCUACAAUCUCUUCAAUUGUCUGUGUGUGUGUGUGUUAUGUCAGCAGAUCACUGCACUCUCUCUCUCGGUCUACCUCUGUGUGUGUGUGUACAAUAAUGGUGUGCAUUUAGCAUUUUUCCCCAUGUCGGACACACACCAAGCGGUCACGGCGACAGCAGCGCGACAGUAGUGAACAUCGUCAUGUACCCAGAUGACAACCGCACGGUAGGACGGACGGACGGACGCUCGCUCACUCACUCGCUCGCUUCAUCUUGAAUGUCAGUCAGCACAUUUUGCACACAGGGUGUCAACAGCGCUCGUGGUGACAAGCGUCCUGGGACGCACGACAGACUGACCAAAAGGGUUGAACUAGCGGCGCAAGCAUUUAUUGACGAUAUGCAAUUGUCAAUUACCUUGAGGAAUUGCCAUUGUUUAAAAUGCCUUUGAUUUCAGCCAAUUGCAUUUCGGUCGAGCAAAGACGACGGCCUUCAAAUGGUUCCUACUCAAAAUCCAAUUCCUGAUUUUACUCCCCUUCUCUUCUAGACAAAAGAAAUGACAAUUCAAAAUGAGAUUGGCUCUUUGUUCCCCAUUCUGGGAUGUACUUUAUUUCUUUUUAUUUCUUUUAUUCUUGCAAUUGAAUGCAGGCAGCGCACACGGAUAAUCUGUUUUGUGAUGCCGGCUCAAGUGCGAGCCAUGCCGCGCUCGCAAGCGUGCUCCAUUACAUAAGAGCGAGCUGUGCGGGUGGCUCCGUAAUCACAUUUGUUUGGACAGCUGGCGCCUCUCGGGCACUAUCAGAAUGUGUACCGAGUACGUGGAUGCCGCUGUGCCAGUGGAGAAGUGCGUGCGGGAGUUUGUUUUGUGUGAUUGGACAAUAUAAAAUAGCUGCUCUCUGCUCUGGCAUUAGCGUGAGCAAAAUGGGACCGCUCGUUGAGUUUUUGUGCCGUCUGAAAACUGUCUACAUCCGGCGUCAUUCAACUCCAGGAUAACCUCUCUCUCGCUCUCUGUCUCUCUGUCUCUCUCUCUCUCUCUCUCACUCUCUGUCACUCACUCACUGAACAAGGUGGACAGUGUCUUUUGUCACCUUCUUCAAGAAAGGCCCGUUUUCCUCUGAACUUUGUGCCCCACUGAAAGCAUUCCCGUUGCUUAAUCAUUAACUCCGUCGGACUCAUUUCUAUUCUCAUUCCUCAUAGGUGAACCAUAUAUUAUCUCCCUACUGCGCCGAAGAGUUCUUAAUUGUGCUUGCUGCGGUAAAGUUUCUGACUGACACACGCCACUCUAAAUAGAACUUUGAGACAGCGUUUUGUAUUGAACUGCUCAUUGGGCUCAUAAUUACACCAAUUUCUCAAUGGUUGGAUUCACUUCUCAAAUAAUCGUGUCAUUUUUAAUAACACAGUCACAGCACCAGUGAUUAAGGCUUCUUUCUUUUUCCAUUUGGUUCCAAGCCCAUUUGGAUCAUUCCACUCCAGAUUUGAUGGGUAGAUUAUUCUUGCUGAUGACUCACCGUAGGCGUUCAACCGCCAUUAUUUGGAGCGCGCUUGGGAACACGGGAGCGCUCGGCCUUUGGCCUCGUCAGACUGGUUUGAUCCCGGCAGGUUUCGAUUGCGUUUCUCCUAGAAAACCAAAGCCUUCAAGACCAGAAAGACCGGUUCCUGUUCUAUGAAUGAAGUGAUGCUCUUCCCAAAAGGAAAAAGAUGUUGUUCCCACGCCGUCGGUUUGGAUAUUCAAGCAAUCAUUGGCAAUUUCAAAUCGUACGCAGACUGUGAUUCUUUAUUAAUUUCAUUUUUUUCAAUGAUUAUUUGUAAGUUGCGUUUUAUGACCGAUUUAUGCUGAUAUCGAAGAACUAACUUUACAAACAUUGACGUGUCCUCAUAUGACAACAGAGUUGCGACAAUGCAGCCGUAUAAAACGAGUCAAACCGGUCGUGACGUGACAGCUUGUGACACGUUGACGCAGUAAAACGCAAAGGUUCGGGCCAGAAGUCGUCGUUUUGAGGCUUCGAGCGCUCCGGAUUCAGUCAGGUGUAGCAGCAAGUGACAGAUUGAUGAAAGAAAUGAUUUCCACAACACCAUCAGAGUAGAACUAAUACGUACAAUUUGACCAGCGCUGGCCUGACUCCUCAAACUCAAAUCGUUGAACCUACUCCCAAAUCUUAUUUAACAACAAAAAAUGCCCUCCACCCAAAAUGAAGUCUGUCAAAGGAGCUUUCGCUGUCUGCAUUGCAAAUGAAUUGAGGUCGACGUGCUCAAUAGAGUUCAUCUUCCUCACUUGUGGAUGAAAUAGCAUUGUGAUUUGAUUUUGAAGAGUUUUCUAAUCGUCCAAAGCCGCUCCGCAGCGCACUUGACCUUGGCCAGACUUAUUUGUGCGCAUUGUCAAGCGCGAGGCGUCCUAAGCGCCUCGUUAUUGUCAUCUGCAUAAUGACGACCAACGUCUGUCUCCUCGCGCGCCAAAGCUCCUUGUUAACUUUGAGCCUCAAUUCAACUCUUUCUUCUAUUCAAAUCCUUUUUGUAUCCAAAGCACGUGGUGUUGCUGUGUAUUUUGUCCCUAAUUACCUUCGUGCUUUGCCAGCCAAAGCCGGGGGAAGGUACAAGCAUGCAUGAAUAUUCAUUCUGGUGUUUGUUUUGCUAAGUGUGUCCAUCGUGAACAAAUAAAAAUGCCUUCCCCCAAAAAAAAGACAACGGACCGUCCCAUUUGAAUGUCACCGUCGAGUUGCGAGUGCCUGACUCGCUGCCACAGUUGGCUUCUCAAGCGCUGCCCGGCGUGUUUGAACAAGUGUGAGCGUGCGGUGCGGCCAGUCAGUCAAAAGAAUGCCAUCCGCCUGCGUGCGUGCGUUGUUUGCUCGGCUGCCGUAUGCGACCUGGCGGGUUUCGUGCAGAGGAAAUGGGGCAAGAAAUGCCAAAUCCCAACCCAAGCUCCACACCAUGAAAUUUGGUAGCAAUGUAUAGUGUACAAUCGCUACCAACUUUGAACAGAUGGGCGGUGACUUUCCCUUAAGGCGCCGCUUUGUCAACGCGAUCCCUGAGAUCAGGACAACAUGUUGCCUCACCCGCGCUUCCCAAUUGUUCAGCUGCUAGCGGCACCUGGCGGCUGAUAUUAAGCGCCAUCAUCGAGGUCGCCGAGUUGCCGCACACAACUCAAUGACACGUGUUUUGUCCCCCCUUUUGCGCAGACACAGUUCACAAACUAGCCAGAACUACCUUGCGGCAGGUCAGCGUGAAAGGGGCACGCAGAAUGAGAAUUCAACGGAAAUCCUCUCGCGUGUGCGUGCUUUUGGUUUCCCAGCAACCUCAAGAGCAGGAUGCAAAAACUGUCAUCAACGCUCGAUAGACAGGACGGACUUCCUCUUUGAGACUCACUGCCGCAUAAAUCACACGCUCGUCCCUCGCAGCGGAGCCAAACGAGGGUCGAUGGCGCUCAUACGAAUGCGGAGUAGUCGGCGGGCCCUCUCCAUGCACCACGAGAGCGUGUCGUCGGGCCGCGGCCGGCCAGACUCGCCCGUGUACAGCAACCUGCAGGAGCUGAAGAUGAGCCAGUCGGCGGCCCCCCCGCUCCCAGCCGGCGCCCCCCAGCAAGUGCUGGGCGACUGGGAGUCCUACAAGGACCCACACGGCCGCCUCUUCUACUACAAUCGCUCCAGCCAAGAGAGGACCUGGAAGCCACCCCGAGCCCGGGACGCCAACACGAGCGCGGGGGAAAGCAAUGAGAGCACUCCCCUAUCGCUCUCGCCAGCUUUCUUACCCUUCAUGUCGUUGUCGGCGGGCCGCCCGGGGCCCCUGUGCUCGGAGGACGCGCACUUCGGCGCCUACUCCAGCUGGUCGGACGGCUCGCCACCUGUCGGGUGGUCCGAAGGGAUGAACGAGUACGGCCACAGACUUUAUGUCAACGACUAUACUAACGAGAAGUGGUUAAAGCACGUGGACGAGCAGGGUCGGGCGUAUUACUACAGCGCGGAUGGCUCCAGAUCCGAAUGGGAGCUCCCAAAGUACAACCAUUCCCCGCCACAGCACUUGGCCGAGCCCGGCAAGACUCGCAGUCUAGACAGGAAACACGUGGACCCCAUCAUCCUGACCAAGUGGAGACACAGCGCUUUCGUCCAAGAACCCAACGACAAGGACUCCCCAGUGAGCCCCAAGUCCCCUGUAUCCGACUGUGGGUCCAGCCCCUCGUCUCCUAAGCGCCCCGCCUCUCCCUCAGAGAAGUGCGGCGUGCUCAAUGUGACAAAGAUCACGGAGAACGGCAAGAAAGUUCGGAAGAACUGGACUUCCUCCUGGACAGUUCUGCAAGGCUCAGCGCUGCUCUUCGCCAAAGGCCAGGGAGGCGGGACGAGCUGGGUGCGUCGAUCAAAGCCUCACUUCCAAUUAGUGGUUACUUUUGUCCUGGGUUUGAUUGUGCGCCAUUUUCAGUUUGGCGGCGGUCAGUCCAAACCCGAGUUCACGGUGGAUCUGAAGGGCGGCUCGGUGGAUUGGGCCUCCAAGGACAAAUCUAGUAAAAAACACGUCAUUGAGCUGAAGACCCGGCAGGGCACGGAACUCCUGAUCCAGUCGGAAAACGACAUCCUCGUCAAUGAGUGGUAUCGAGCGCUAAGGGACGCUGCCAGCGCUCCGGCAUGCGAGUCGGACGAAGCCGUAGAAGAGGACAUCCCCGAUUCACCUGAAGCAGACAUGGAGAAAGAACGCAGAGACUCCAAGAAAGGCAGACUCAUGAAACCGUCAAGCAGCGUGGACGCGGCCGACAACAAGAAGACCAAACACAAGCUGAAGAAAUUUCUGACGCGGCGGCCCACCAUGCAGGCCGUCAGGGACAAAGGUUACAUCAAAGAUCAGGUGUUUGGAAGCAGCCUGUCCAGCCUGUGCCUGAGGGAGAGCAGCACGGUGCCCUCUUUUGUCAAGAUGUGCAUCUUGCACGUGGAGAGCAACGGUCUGCACAUCAGCGGCCUAUACAGAGUCAGUGGUAACUUGGCCCUCAUCCAGAAGCUACGAUAUGCCGUCAAUCAUGAUGAGCAGGUGAACCUGUCCGACAGCAAGUGGGAGGACAUCCAUGUGACCACCGGAGCCCUGAAGAUGUUCUUCAGGGAGCUUCCUGAACCGCUCUUCACUUAUGCGCUCUUCCAAAACUUUGUGGACGCCAUCAAGAUUCAAGACUACAAGGAGCGGGUCCACACCAUUAAAGAACUUGUUCGACUGCUGCCCGAGCCCAACCAUGACACCAUGCAGGCCCUCUUCAAACACCUCCGCAAGGUGAUCGAGCACGGCGAAGAGAACCGCAUGACAAACCAGAGCGUGGCCAUCGUGUUCGGCCCCACGUUACUGAGGCCCGAGGUGGAGACGUGGAACAUAGCGGUCCACAUGGUCUACCAGAAUCAGAUCGUAGAGCUCAUCCUGGUAGAGAAAGACAACAUAUUUGGCAGAUAGAGGCCGACGGCCAUCUGACCGAACCGGAACCACUCUUUGCACUUUGGACUAGCUUUGGCUUACUUUUCGUCACACUGGAUUCUAACUUAACCGACAAAAAUAAACAAACCUGCUAAGAUUUGUUUUUGUGGAGGAUCCAAGAACUUUUAAUUGAACAAUAGGGGAACGCGACUUAUUUACUGGACCUUUUCAUCUAAUGGCGUUGGUGCCAAAUUAGCCAAUUUAAGACCUAAUUAAAAUAUUGAUUUAUUUAUUAGAAUGUGGCAAUUCUUGCAUUCAAUCGUUAAUCUAAUAUUGUUUUUUCAUGACCACUAUUUUAUGGCAUCCAACAGGAUUUACUCACCGCAUAAAUGAAUGCGUCAAAAUUGAUCUCAUAGGUUGAACGGAAUGCGUAGGUUAGGGUUAGGUUCUGCUCAAUGUUCUGCUUUGAUUUGCGCAACUUGCUCCUCUGAGCAAAAUCAAAAUAUUGUUUCUCAAAUUAUUUUGACACUAGGAAGACUGUGCGGAUAAACUUGGGUGGCGAUUGGUCGUUUCCGGACAUUUAAAUCACCUCCUUUACUGAUAAUUUGUUUAUGCUCUAACCUUGACGAGUGACCUCGACUUCCAAAUCUCAAUAAUUGUAGUAGCUUCGGCUCCGCCAACACUGUGAUAAUGACUUUAAAAGUUUGACUUUUAAAAUUAAAGCUUUUAUUGUG